AACGACGGCGACAAGUUAGGGUUCAUACUUCCUAAGCGGCCAUGGAGAUUCAUGAGAUCUCGAAGCUCGACAACGAGAAGCAUCCCGAGAGAAUUGUCGAAUCGAGGAUGAAGAAGAGAAUGAAACCUCAUUCUCUCACGUCUAUUAACAAUCUCGACGAUGGUUGCCUCAUGCAUAUCCUCAGCUUCCUAUCUCCAAUUCCAGAUAGGUAUAACACAGCACUCGUUUGCCACAGAUGGAGAUAUCUGGCGUGUCACCCUCGCUUGUGGCUCCGUGUUGACCGUUUUGUUAAGGAUUUAUCUCAGCCUGGAGUUUUCCACAACAUUGAGUCAGCUGUAUCUGCAGCAAGACCCGGCGAUACCAUUUUAAUAGGAGCCGGUGGGAAUCAUCGUGUUUCUAAUAUUCAGAUUAAAAAGCCUCUUUGCCUGGUCGGCGGGGGCGAGAUUCCUGAUGAAACCACUCUCGUCUGUGCUCGUGGUUCAGACAGUGCCCUGGAAUUGCUAUCGACCUGCAAGCUUGCGAAUUUAACAGUGAAAGCAGAGCUCGGGUGCUGUUUGCUUCAUAGGAGUGGAAGGGUAACGAUUGAUGGAUGUGUGCUUCAAUGUGAGACAAACCCUUUGGAUCAUCUCUCAUGCCCAAUCGUGAGCACUGCUGGAGAUGAAGACAUUGAAGAUAUCUUGAGCCAUGUGGAAGUGAAAGAAACUGUUGCUGAAAAGAUUAAAGCAAACAGUGUAACAGUUUUGCAGACAAGGAUCGAGGGAGGUGCAAAGGCUGUUUCGACAAGUGGAGACUUGGUUCUACAGCGUGUUCGAGUCAUGUAUUCCAAGGCUUACCUCUAUUUCUGGUUUGAUGUAGAUUAUGAGUGAUCUUUGCUGAUUUUUUUUUUUAAAAAAUAUUUUUCAUCAAUCUGUAACAUAAGUAAUCUGUGUGGGAUGGGAAAUGAUCCAUCUUCAUUUGUACUUUGUGUUUCCCCUUAAGACCGGACAGGUCCUUUGUUGUAUGCUUAUUAUGUUCAGAAUAAUGUCCUCUUUAGGGC